ACUCCUUGCUUUAAAUGCCAACCGGAUCGAUCUCAGCUAUAUAAUCCGACAAAAACCUACAGAUUGAACUUCGCACAGAUGAUGUAUUAAAAUUUUUGGUUAUAUUUUGGAAUCCUACGGCCCAAAACCCUACAAGAAAAGAAUGGAGUGCGAAAAGUGUGAUAUCACCCGAAAUGCCGGCGAUCUUAAGCCCGAUGGCAUUCGAGGCGUGGAGGAGCUCAAGCCGGACACCACAUUGGAGAUGGAGAUCGAGGAGGCCCUGUCCUCCAGUAGUGCCGACGAUACUCCGCCCGGCAUGAUUGUGGUGGAGACAAGGAUCAACACGUGGGAGAAGCAGCCGAUCAGUGAGGAGACUAUUCCCGAGGUGGCGGUGGAACAGGCUGCCUGCUCCGUGUCCCUGGGCCUCAAGCCGACCGUUCAUUUCCAGAAACUUACUCCUGGGCAUCCUAUGGCCAGCACUGAGGCCGCCCUGGCAGCUGCCAACAGUUCGGCCUUCACUACGCCCUUGGACAAGCCCGUGACAGUGCCUGCACCCAUUGUCACAGACUCCAUUUCCACCCUGAGGCACUGCAUCGACGGCGCCACCCAGUGCAACAACCUGGGUCUGGAGUAUGAGUCUGUGUCCAACGAUUCAAUGCCAUCGGUGGGAUCGCUAGUCUGCCGUAUUUGUCACAACGCCGAUAAUCCAGAGCAACUCGUGUCGCCUUGUUUGUGCAAGGGCUCGCUGACAUAUGUCCAUGUGCACUGCCUGGAGCGUUGGAUUAGCACCUCGCGCUGCACCACCUGCGAGCUCUGCCAGUUCCAGUACAACACGGAGCAGACACUGCGGUACACCUGUCUGCAGUCGCUGCGACUUUGGUACUCCAGGGCGAUGAGUCGCAGGGCACUGCAGGAGGAUUGCCAGAUGUUCUCGCUGCUCACUUUGGUGGCUUUCGGCAUCAUCGGUACACUGCUGGUGGGGAUCCAGUACUACGCCCUGCACACCCACUCCUGGGGCCUCAGCAAGCUCUGGACCAAGUCGUGGAUGCUCUUUUUCCUGUUCAUGACAGUGAUAACCGUCUACUUUGCCAACAUAUACAUGCUGAUCAAGUCCCAGCUGACGCCCUGGUAUCGGUGGUGGCAGUCUGCGAGGGACAUCAAGCUGAUCUUGGAGAACAGACGACCCUUCCCCAAUCCGAGUCGCCUGAUGAGAGCCCAGCAGGGGGAAACCGCCUCGACUACAGCCUCCAUGUUCACCCACCACGAUCAGCAGGAUGUCGCCCGGGCACCCCCAAUCCUGAUCAGUUCCAGCGAAGAGGAGUACGACGAGAAGAACGCCCAGAAGUGGGGCACACGACUGGACAGCGAGGUGCUGGCCGCCGUUGUGGCAGCCACCGUGGAAUCGAUUGCUGACGCAAGUGCCUGCGAUAGUGAGCAACACUCUGAGCCACAUCAGGAUGUACACCAGCAGCAGCCGGAAGGCGACAACUGAAAGGACAUUGACGGCAAACCGGGCAAGGUCUUGGGAUGAGGAUGCGGCAGAGCACGGGGUAGUUGGGCUGGGCAAGUAAUUAAGGCUCAAGGGCAAGGAUUUUUGCUUGGCUUUCGUUGUUUGCGUGUCAUUUGUUUAAUGUACUUUCAAUGCUUUUAAUGAACUUUCCCGAUGAGAGCUCAAAUUAAAUGGGUAAACUAACCCAA